AGGAUGUGGCUAAACUUUUGUUUUCAGCUUCAUACAGUGAGAAUGGCAGCGGCUCUGGUCUGUGCAGUGACAGCUGUCACUCUGAGUGUGUCUCCGGACAGCACACAAUUCCACCCCUAUGAGCAUUUCAUCGUCUCCUGCCCCUCCAAGUCCUGGACGGUUUACAGGAGCACCCGCUACGAGGUCACCCCAGAAAAGUGUGGAGGGUCCUGGGGUGUUCUUGAGGAGGGAGGCUGCAAGGAGGGUCCACUGUUGGUCUCGGACUCUGGGCUCUACUGGUGUCAGAACCACGACCAAACCCAGUGUAGUCCUGCGGCCAAUAUCACCGUCAGCAAAGAGAAGUUGAUCCUGAAGAGUCCAUUGUUCCCAGUGAAAGAGGGAGAGCAGAUCACACUGACAUGUUCCUUUAAAGAGACCAGAUCUGCUGUUGCCACCUCAAACUUCAACACCUCCUUCUUCUUAAACGGAGACUUUAAGGGGGAGUUUCCUGGAGGUCAGAUGGUGCUUUCCUCUGUGACCCGGGAGCAUGAGGGCCUGUAUCACUGUGAGCACCCAACGAAGGCCCGGUCCUUGCAGAGUCGCCUCGUUGUAAAGCCAAAAGAUCCACCGCUGACCUCUGCCCCGCCCACAGCCCCACCCUCCUCUGCUGCUCUGCUAAUGGGAAUCCCUGUGCCCAGACUGGUGUGCUUCCUGGUGCUGGUCCUCCUCUACACCAUCAUCCUCUGCAUCAGCAUCUCCAUUUACCGCAAGUGGAGUCGAGCACGAGCUGAACAAAAGCAGCAGGCGUCCGAGCAAAUUUCCCUCCGAAGAAUCAGAGACGCCUGACGCCAGCAGAGGGCGCAUGGAAUGGAUCAAGGCAGUUAAAAUAAAGCUAAGAUCAACAUCUGCCUGUUCUUUGAGCUCUUAAAGCUACACUCUGUCUUUUUUCCGCUGUCUCCAUGGAAAUUAUAUCACUUUCCCUGGAAUGCGUCACAGUGUGGCAUUAUAUCUAUUUAUUGUGUUUAUUGUGUUUUUAUUGCUUAAAAAUAUAAAAUCUUCUGCUUUCUUUCUGUGAGUGGGGUCGACUCUCCACAGACCUGACAUGUAACUUGGUCUGGUGGUGCCACUUGCUGGAUUGUGCACCUUUAAAAAUCAGACACAUGUUUAUAUUUAAAGUGGGUUUUUAUGUUUUUAUAAUUCUGACUUGGUUUGUGGGAUUGUGCCUGUAGAAAAACUUUAUCAUAUUUUUACAUCAGUGAAGUGGCUGUUUGACAAAAAAGGAACAAAGUGCAUUUUUGACAUUUUCUUUGUUAGUAAUUUUAUAGGUUGUGUAUGAUUAAAGUAGCUAAUUACCAGAUAAACUAACGCAGUAACUUACGAAGUGACUAACGCCGUAACUUACGUACUCACUUACGAAGGUUCUAAUGCAUUGACUAACACAGUAACUUACGUACUGACUAAUGCAGUAGCUUACGUACGGACCAAUGGAGUAACUUACGACAUUACUAAUGCAGUGACUAAUACAGUAACUUAUGCAGUAACUUACACAGUUACUAACGUAGUAACUAACGCAGUAACUUACACAGUAAUUUACACAGUUACUAAUGCAGUAACUUACGCACUGACUAACGCAGUAAUUCACGCAGUAACUAACACAGUUACUUUUGGGGGUAUAGUAGCGGGUAACUAUAACUACUACAACUACUUACUUUUUUAAAGGACAAUGAUUUUAACCAGGUUUUAGUGAAAAAGUAUUCUAACCAGUCAUAUGCACUUAAAAAAACAAAAACAAAACAUAAUUCAAACUAAAUAUUGUUAAAAGCUCAAGAAUACACAGGCCUUUUAAGCUAACCACUCUGCCACUGUGUAUGUACAUAUUUCUGUAUCUGUCUUUGUACAUUUGGAUUCAUAUGUUUAAAGGCCUGUACCUGAUUUUAAACCAUGUUUUAGUCUGAACCUUUAGCCCCGCCCACAUCGUCCUGUGAUGUUGCACCAUGACACAAACUCUGCUGUGUGGGAUCAUGUCAGGCAGGUGUCGCUUUAUAGUUAUUCAUCUCAAUCUGUAAUUUCAUUUUAUUUCAUGCUUAAAAAUGGACCAUGACAGAGUAACAAGCCUCUGUGAGAGAGUCAGGUGGUGGUUUCCCAUGAUUCCUAGUAACAAUGUGCUCAUUACUGACAAUUGGAUGAUAAAAGAUGACCCUGUUUGUAGCUUCAACAACAGUUUUUACCUGAGAAAAUGUUUUUACUGAAUAGUGUGUGAUGUAAAGAGCAUUUAUUUUGAUUAGACUAAAUUCAAAUCAGGUACAGGCCUUUUUAAAGCUCAUGUAUUUCCUGUUAUCAGUAUUGACAAAUAAAGCUGACAAACCAAUUCAAUAAAACGUUUUCAUUCAGGUU